AUGGCAAAAUCUGAAGUAGAGCCAAGUUUAAACCUUAAUUACAAGAUGUGUGACUACAAUGCCAAGUGUUUAAACAGGACUGCAGCGCUGGCAGCACCUGACCUGAACCUUCCGAAGCUGACAGAAAAAGACAAAUGCUCCCCAACUGCAUUGAAUAAGGAGAUUUGUCUGAUGAGAAUCACCAUUGAACUUUUGGAGUUUCAGAUAUACCUGGAGUACAUUCAGAAUAAAUUUAGAAAUGAUGAGGAAAAUGCCAGAGCCAAAGAUGUGCAGAUCAGUUUGCAAGUCGAGACUGAGCUCUUAAUGCAAAAGGUAAAGAAGAUAAAAGUAGUACCCACUCUUAGCCCAUCCACCAAAUCUGGUCUGCUAGAGAAGCUGCAAUCAAAGAACAAGUGGCUGAAGUAAAUGACAAUUCACUGCAUCCUGCGCAGCCUCGAGGUAUUCCUAGAGCACAGCCUGAGGGCUAUGCACAUGAUGUAGUGCAAGCAUCCAGGGUUAUUGUCCGUAAUGGGCAUUCCUUCCCAUGGAUGGAAACAUGUCCUGGGCACUGGGCACACAAAUUAUGUUUUUCUUAGAACUGAAAAUAUCAUGGUUAGGAUACUACUUUAAUGUUUUUUAUAUAGAGACAAUUUAAUAUGUGAAGAUGA